CUUCUUCCUUCUUCUUCUUCACCAACAAACAAAUAUGGCUUUCUAUAACAUGUUUUUUAAGGUUCUUAUUGAUCCCAACCAACUGAGGGAAAACCAACCAAAAUGGAAGAAGCCGUCAUCACUUCAUGAAUUGGAGAUACCACCAAAGUUUGUAGAGAAAAAUUGGAAAAAAUUAUCAAAUCCGUUAUUGUUGGAGCUACCAACUGGAGAUAAAACAGAAGUAAAAUGGGUCAAGAAAAAAAAUAAUAGCGUUUGGUUAAAGGAAGGAUGGAGAAGAGUUGUGGAAUUGUUAAAACUAAAGCAUGGAUGUUUUGUGACUUUUAAAUAUAAUGGGAAAUCGAAAUUUGAACUCAUAGUGUUUCAUCCGAAUACUUUAGAAAUUGAUUACUCAAGUGUGAGAGGUUUCUAUAACGAUGAUCAUCAUCAAGGUGCAAAUGAAAAUGAUGAUGAUGGUGGUGAUGAUGAUGAUGACUCUAUUGAGAUUAUUGCUGAAGAGCCAGAACAAUUCAACAACAGAAGCAGAGAAGGAACUUGUAAAAGCAUGCUCAAAGAAGUUCAUGAAAAUCAUGACUAUAUUGUAAUUGAUGAUGAUGAUGAUGAUGAUGAUGAAUGGCACUCUAAACCACUCUUGAUGAGAAAGAGAACCAAAACAAAAGGAACAAGUAAAAGCAUGCUCAAAAAAGUGAGGAGAAAUAUGAAAUGUGAUGAUAACCGGAGCAAGGCACUGGAGAGGGCUGAAGCCAUCUCUUCAAAGCUGAAAAAUCCUUCUUUUGUUCGUGAUUUGAAGCGUUCAUAUGUUGAUUACGGGAUCAUGCAAAUACCAUGUUCAUUUUCGGAACAAUAUUUAUAUAGAUUAAAAGGAAGUGGCACAAUUUGGGUUAGUGAUAAUGAAGACAUUAAAUGGAGCAUCAAAUACAGUUACAGUGAUUCUCAGAACAGAACAAGUAUUUAUGGUGAUUGGCACAAAUUUAGAAAAGAAAACGAGUUAGAAGUUGGUGAUGUUUGUGUAUUCGAAAUGAUGACGGAAGUUGAACCCGUUUCCUUCAAAAUUUACAUCAUCCGAGUCAGACAAGAAUCAUCAUCAUCUUAUCCUCAUCAAUUCCAAGAGUCCGAAAGGCCCAAUAGGCAGGCGAAUAAUCAAUUCGAGCUUCUGAUAACAAAAUCAAAAUUGAAGGCAUCAACACUCGUGAAAAUACCAAGAAAGUUUAUUCGCCAGAAUGAAAGAUGUGUUGGAAAAGAUGUGACACUUAAAGUUGGAAAAGAAUUGUGGACUGUGAAAGUGUUGAAUUCUGGUUCGUUUUGUAAAGGUUGGAUUCAGUUCGCAAGAGAAUGCAAAUUAGUUGUUGGAGAUAUUUGUCAUUUUGAACUCACUGACCCCACUAAUUUUGUGUUCCAUGUUUCCAUUUCUAGGGAGGAGCAUGGUUCAUGAAAAUGAAAU